UUUAGUUAUCCUCUCAGUACUUAUUGUGUUUUUUAUCAGAAAAAGGCGUAAACGAGGACACAUAACGACCCAAAUAAUUGAAAAUAUGGUUUCCCGAGACUCAAGAGCUUAUUCGGAGAUUCCAGUUGAUAAUCUGGCUCAGAAUCCGGUGUUCAACUUCGGAGAAGAAGACAAUCGCUUGAGUCAAACUAGUACCGCCAACGUCACGGUGACCAAUGGAGAAGCUUCUGUAUUAUACCUAAGGCCGGCGAAGAAAUCUAAAUUGCAGGAAGAAAAUAAAGGGUUUUUAACUUCGACUUCUAUUGACAUCGAUCAAACACCACUGAAGGAAGGAGAGGAAGAUCACAUCGACCAACUAUCUGAUCAGCCAAUGAAGCAAAGACAUCAAAUCACAGCACCCAAAAUGCCUCCAACCAGCGAGGAUUAUUCAUAUGCCCAAACGGGCCAGAACAUUCGGUUAUCGCCUAUGACAGCCGAUGAGGAGUCCUGCACUUAUUCCUAUGCAGAAGUAAGGCAAAGAAUGCCCGAUUACUAUACUAGCGCUCAACCCACCGAGGAUCAGGGGGAUGCAUUGUCAAGUACACAAAUGGUUGACAAUCCCAUCUAUGGAAAUUAGAAUUUAUAUUUCAACAGGCGAAGGCUACUGACGGAAACUUUUUUCUGAGUUAAAAGAAAAUUGAUUCAAACAAGCCAACUGAAGCUGUCAAAUGCACAGAUAGCCUAUCCCAGUUUGACUGUGAAGAAAAUA